CUGCGCGGUGCAUCAUGGGAGUCUGGUACUUUCAAAAAUGGCGAGCUCAGAUAGCGAAAGUGCUUACGAGGUGGACCAGAUCUUGAAUCAGAGGAAGAGGAAAGGUGUUUUGGAGUACUUGGUGAGAUGGCGAGGGUUUGGGAAGGAAGAGGACAGCUGGGAACCUGGCAAGAACCUCUCAAACUGUGCCGCUGCCAUGGCUGCAUACAUCAAGCUAACGGCACCAGCUAAAACUCAGAAGAAGUCUUCGAAGUCAAGAUCACGGUCAAGGUCAAGGUCUCGAUCCACCAGCCGAAGCAGAACAACAAAGUCAAAAAGCAGUCGACCACAAACCCCGACAGCCCUCAGUAGAACUCCUAGAUCCAGGUCACGGUCAUCAUCGCGGGGGAGACAAGCGAAACAGCCAGAAACUCCACCACGACAGUCAAAAAGGACAGAAGUUGUCACAAAAACUUCUACAAACAGAACUCCAGGCAGAAUUGAAAGGACGACAGAAGUUGUCAAACAAAUACGAGACGACUCGAGGCCGACUGAGGUGAAGACAACACGUGUUGUACAGUCUCGGACAGAGGUGAAGACGGUGGAGGACAAAGUUGACGGGAAGCCUGUGGCUGCCUCACCACAGCAAGGUAUAGGCAAUAGCCUGUACACUCUGUGGCAGACGGCUGACACUGCAGUCCUCAUUCUGUUUGUCUGUGUCUCCAUCAUUGUUCUCAGCUAUGUUGUGGAGAACUACUGCAGCCCAUCUGAAAUGUGGAAGUUUCUGGUUGGUCUAUACACAUCUGUAAUUGGAGCUGUUGUUGCUGUGUGGCAGUGUGUGACGAGGUCAUCGGUAAGGGUUUUGGAGACAGCAGCAAACUUCACCCGCAACAGUUGGAAGAAGGUGACCACCAACUAGACCAAGAGGGAGCUCUCUCAGGCCACAGCGGCCUCUAGUGCAGACAUUCGUAGAUGUGUGUACCUAAUAGCAGGGACAGUGACUCGACUUCAGCAGGCAGAGGUUGUAGCAUCUCCACAUUCAACAACGCAACACAUGAAAUCAGGAUUGCAAUUGUCAAAUUGUGCAUUUUCACUUUUUAUUGAAGUCAUGAAAUUUGUAUUGACAGUGGUUGCUCUGACGUUUCAGUCUGUAAUCAUAUCUCCUGAUUCUUUUUAGUUUUAAACAGUGUUUUUGGAAAGAAUAGCUCUUCAACGGGUCGCUUUAAUUUCUACUUGUUGAAUAAAUAUGAUAUUGAAAUAUUUUACCAGUUAAACUGUAAGCUCAAACUAUAUGUGAGAUUCCAUAUUAAGCUAUUCUAUAUUUCCAUUCUUAACAUUCCCAUCAUUUUAAUUCUGCAUGGACCAAAGAAAGAGUUACCUCCCCUUACAUGUCAAACCAAGCUUCAGACUGAAAGCUUCUGUCUAGGAUCGUUUAUCAAAACCAGAUAUUUUUUACCUUUUAUAGCGCCAGUUUGGAUGCAGCAUUGGAUAAUGAAUUUGUACAGUGAGGACACUUUGUAUAGGAGGAAUUAAUGGAUGUUCAUCGUUGUUGGCAUGUGUACUUAGAAUGGGCUUCCUCAAGCUAUUUUUAUAUUCUCACUUGAUCUAGUCUUAGCACAUAAAUAUCAGCCUUGCAGAAUGUUAUAAUAUUUAUGUAGUUUCUAGAUCAUUGUGUUUAGAUUUUGUGUAAUUUUUGCUUUACAAGUAUAAUGUGUACAAAAUCAGAAGUGCUAUCAAUUUAUUUCUCUGAAAUAGGCAGCAUUUGACAAUUAUAUGCUAAAUCAUGUAGAUGUAAUCAAGACAAAUCGUGAAACACUUGACACGAAAAGAACACCAGUUUUGCAGCUAAUCAUACCAUGAUAAAUUGAAAACUUUUGACUAGAAACAGUAUCUCCUUUGUAAUGAGGGUAGUUGUUCUACAGUUUUAUGGUUUGCAGAUGAAAUGUUACUGAAUAUGUAUGCAGACAAUAUGGAUCCAAGAUAUUUUCACAUUAUUCCUCUUCAUACUAGAAGUUCACCAACUGUCACGUAUAUAGAUCCAUGGUAGAGGAAACACACAGAACAGUCCUUCUCAUCUGUGGAGGAGACAUCACUACAGAAAUGAAGGUGUACUACCUGAUGAUGGUGUUCUUGCUCAGAGGUUCAUGUUUAAUCAAUGUCAUCUUUCAUUUCAUUCAACCACUGUAAGUGGAGUUUGCCUACCAAAUAUGUGUUCUUUUACAUACUAUGCUCUCAUGAAAUGAAUUUAGCAAUUUUUAAGACUUUUAACUUUACAUAGCCAUGUUUUACAUAAUUGUAUAAAUUAUCCUGCAUGCUCUUACUACUCAAUAAUUACUUUUGGUCAUAAUGUUGUCACUAGUUUUAAUGUUUCAUUUCAUUUCUCAUCUAAAUCAUCUUGAUUUUCAAUGAAAAUUGUGCCAAACAUUUCAAAUUUCAACCUCAUUGGUUUUAUUAGAUUUUUAAUUCAUGUGUUGUAUAAACUGUAUUUAGAAGUAUUCGGACAAUGCAUAUGAAGGAUAUGCAAAUACUAUGAUGUAGUGCUUCAGGUUAAAGCUUGUAUGUACUAUGUACUACCUCCUGCAGACGGUGUAGAUUGCAGAAAGAAAGUUAGUGGCUUUUGAGCUGAACAUUUAUUCUUGAAUGUACUGGAGCAUCAUGAAGUGAACACAGUGUGCAACAAGUCAGCAGCAAGACAUGGCCUUCAUAAUGGGCAGCUAAGAAGUGUUCAUGAACAUGCAUCUGUAACCUUGUAGCACUGUUUCACCAAAUCUCAGUAUGCAGUGAUGUAACGUAGAUGUGCCUACAUAUACUAAUAAAACAAAACAAAUUUGUAA